AUGAUUAUAUAUCCAGCGCCACCCCCCAUAUCAGUCAAGAUGUCGUCCGGAAAGGUCAAGGCCAGCCAGCUCUGGAACAAGAACAAGGAUGAGUUGACGAAGCAACUCGGAGAGCUCAAGACCGAGCUCGGUCAGCUCCGCAUCCAGAAGAUCGCCUCUUCUGGCUCCAAGCUGAACAAGAUGUGCGUUUACCACUCCAAUCCCCGAUCGAGGUCCGGCGCAGAGUCUGGGAGGAGAGACAGACAGGAGGAGGAGGCCUCGGAGGAUCCGCGAAAGAAGGAAGGCAGAAGGGCUGACCGCCACGACAUCCGCAAGUCGAUCGCCCGCGUCCUGACCGUCAUCAACGCCAAGCAACGCGCUCAGCUCCGCCUCUUCUACAAGAACAAGAAGUACGCUCCCCUCGACCUCCGCGCGAAGCAGACCCGUGCUAUCCGCCGCCGGUUGUCCGCCGCCGACGCUGCCCUCGUCACCGAGAAGGCCAAGAAGCGCACCGUCCACUUCCCUCAACGCAAGUUCGCCGUGAAGGUCAGUCGAAUUCGAUAUCAGCCAUGA